CAGAAGAGCCUGCUAGAGUACCAAGAUAGUUAUUGGUAAUGGACUACAUUUAACCAGGAUGAUGGAUAAUGAUUUCACCACUCAUUAAUCCGUUUUCUGUUAUUUCAAAUUGAUCGAAAUUGACAGAAAUCGGCUACCGUUAAUCAACAUGUUAGGCCAAAUCCUUAUGUUAUGGGUGUGUCUCAGUCUGCCGACAGUAUCCUCAGCUACCCAUUCCCUGAAGUAUUUCUACACAGCACUCCCACAAUCUACUGGCCUUCCAGAGUUCAGCGCUGUUGCGUAUUUGGAUGAGGAACCAAUAUAUUCCUAUGACAGUUCUACAAAGGAAGUGGUAGCUCAACAGGAGUGGGUUAAAGAAGCUGUGGAUCCAGACUUCUGGGGAAGAAGUACACACAUUCUUAUGGAGACUGAGAAGGUGUUCAAAGACAACAUGAACACUGCAAGAGCUCGCUUCAACCAGACAAGUGCCCAUACAUUGCAGAAAAUGUACAGCUGUGAGUGGGAUGAGGAAACUGGUGCUACAGAGGGACGUGAACAGUAUGGAUAUGGAGGAGAGGACUUCCUGUUAUUUGAUCUGAAAAAUGAAAGAUGGAUUGCACCUGUUCGUCAGGGACUCAUCACCAAAAUGAAGUGGGAUGAUAAUGUUCCUAAACUUGAAGCCAAAAUUCACUAUCUAACCCAUACGUGUAUUGAAUGGCUGAAAAAAUAUGUUUUCUAUCGGAGAAGCAUGCUGGAGAAAACAGGUAUUAUUAUUAAAACUUAAUUCGUUUUUACACAAUUUA